CUAAACAACUAGGACUGCAUUUCUAUCACAGUUCAUCGUAGGCCAAUAAACGUUCCUACAGCAGACUCGGCAGCGAUACUUUGCUCGUGAAAUACCAUUUCACGAACAACGCCGAGAAUUUUGAAUUACCAAGGGAACAAAGACGAACGGCUGUCACGAUAAUGCAGGAACGAGUUGGUCUCACGACGAGUGACUGGUUGCUCGUGAAGACUCCUAUACCAAUCAUUCUUCUAUUCUUCUCAUACCUCUACUUCGUUCUAAGAUGUGGACCAAAAUUCAUGAAAGACAGGAAACCUUACAAACUGAACACGUUCAUCAGAUUCUACAACAUCUUUCAAAUGGUGUCAAAUGCGUUAAUUGUAUAUCAUAUAGUGGACAUGGGAUUCCAUAAACUAUACAUCUUCAACUGCAUAGAACCCACUUACGAAGAUGGCAGCUUGAGUCCAAGGUCUGAUCAAUUGGAAUAUUACAUACUGAUCGUGAAAAUCAUCGAUUUCACCGAGACGUUCUUGUUCGUACUGAGAAAGAAGCAACGUCAAAUUUCGUUCCUGCACUUGUACCACCAUAUUUCGACGAUAUUCAUUUUCUGGUACAGCAUGAAGUAUUUCAUAGCUGGCUCGACUUUAACCUUUUCCUUAUACAAUUCUUCGGUACACGUGAUAAUGUACACCUACUAUUUCCUCGCGUCGUUCGGACCAUCGAUGCAAAAAUUAUUAAACCCGAUAAAGCCUAUAAUCACCACGAUACAAAUGGUGCAGUUUAUAAUUCUAGCAUCGUAUAUACUGCAAGCUUUUAUUCUGGACUGUACAAUAUCGAGACCGUCAGCUGUAUUAUUAUUGGGUAACAUAGCGAUGAACUUCAUCUUAUUUUAUAACUUUUACAGAACGAAUUACAAAAAACAAACCAAAGCGAAAUGAUAAGCAUGAAAUACUCCAAAAACUUGCUUUCG